GAGGUUAAACCUGGACAAAAGUCCGAAUGAUUCGCAGCAGACCUGCAGGCACCGAAGAAGAGCUUUAACCGGAGGCCGAGGAGCGGGAAGAGCCGAGCCCUUGCAGAUCGAUACAUUGUUUCUGGUUUAUCCGACACAAGGUUGCAGCCGGGCGCCGACCCGACACCUCGUCCCACUCUCUCCGGUACCGAGCUGCUGCCGCCAGAGGCCCGGGACCGAUGGCGAGCGGCCCCGGCCACAGGGGCGCAGACGAGCCCGCUCCGGACGGCUUGUGCGACGUGUGCGAGCCGGACGAGGCGCAGCCCGCACUCAAGGUGUGCGACGCCUGCAACCUGUCCUUCUGCCAGAACCAUGCCCGGCAGCACGACGAGAAAACGGACCCGCACCGCCACCAGCUCCGGGACUACCAGAAGGCCCCGCCGGCAGAGGCUCCGCAGCCGCCGGCCGAAGACGACGCGAACCGGGGCGAAAGGAGAAAAUGCGUGGAUCACGACCAGGAGGUCACACUCUACUGCAAAGACGACGAGAAGAUCAUCUGCGUGCUGUGUGCCGUGGGCCCCCACAGUGAGCACCAGCUCAUUACACUGGACGAAGCCUACUUGGCCGUGAGAAGCAGACCUCCUGCUGACUUGAACGGUGCCAUGUCGGAGAUGGUGGAGCGAUUGAAGGCAAAAUGGGCUGACCCAAAUGUAACUCAAGGGCAAAUGGCAGACUGUAUUAAGCAGGAAUUUGCCAAGAUGAGGAAGCUGUUGUUUGAGGAGGAGCGAAGAGCCCUUCACCUGGUGGAUCUACAGGAGGCGGUGGCUACUGCACACGUUGCUGAGGUGAUCGCUGAGAUUAACGUCACCAUGGAGAAACUUACGGAGGAGAUGCAGGAGCUCACAAGGCAGUUGGACACCUUCAAUCAACUGGCACUGUUAAAACCAAAGGAUAUUGAAGAUAAACUCAGGGGAAUAUCCCACCGAGAUGACUCGCCUCCUCCAGACGACAGUGGAGGUUCUGGAGGGCCUUCUAGUGCAAAUGGACCUUGGUGAAGUUAGCAAGAUUCUGAUAUUCCAACUGCCUUUUACCGCUAUUGUAAAGAAGAGUUUUGGACUUAAUCAAUGUAUUUUUAAAUUUGUAAUGAAUAUUGAACUAUGAAACCUGUGAACUAAUAAGGCAGGUUGUUAAUUUCUGAAUACGGCUGGAAAUAGUGGACAACCUGAAGGCCGGCAGAGAGAGAGACGGCAGUUGUUAUCAGAUGUGAAAACUGAAUGCAGAACCAGGCACAAGGUGCGACCCAGACUAUUGCAACAGAACUAAAGCAGAUAAUUGAAUCUUGGGAUAUUCAAUUUAUAAACAGAUCAUGAGUUUAUUUUUACAAUUUCUUAUUUUAAUAGUCAUUUUCUGAUAAUGUGGGAAGUGCCCACUUUCCUCUGUGUGUUUAGGCCAGUUUGGUUGGUCUAUGUAGAAGAACCAUAUGUCUGAUCAAUGUACUUUAAUUAAGAAUCACACAUCUUCCAGGACAACUGUCAAAGUGGUAGGAAGGAAACAAAUUUUCUUUUAAGUGAGGAAAUACAUCGGAAUUUAAAUUUUAAAGCAUUUGUAGGAGCUGCUUGAAUUGAUUUACAUUAUGUAUCUAUAUUUAAUGAUAUUGUUAUGCUGGACCCUCGCUGCAUAGGACCCUGGUCUUAAUGAUUUUAUUUAUCAGCUGUGAAAAAUGUAGGUGCCCAGCAUGGGAAGACUGGCAGUCACUUCACCUGUUUUCCUGGGAGUGGUUGGUGAUGCCAGAGAAUCACAUGCAGUGGUGCUCAUGAAGUGAAAGAAGCUGGAAUAUCUUCCAUUGGAAAUGGAGAUCCCAGCGUCGCACAGCUCCGAGGACUCUGCACCCUCACAAACCUCAGAGGGUUUAAUCUGGGGCUGCUCUCGUUCUACACCCCACACACUCCUACACUCAACUUUACUACCUGUCUGGAUCUCAGGGGGCACCUUAUUUGCCAAGCGAAGCAACCAAUCCGGAAGAAGUAUGGUUGAGGCUUCAUUUCCUUUUUUGCUGACAAAAAUAAAAGUUGGGAGAAUUCAUCGAACAACAGUUGGAUCAAUCUCAGGCAAAAUCAGAAUUACUCAGAUGUGUGCAAAAUAUCCAAGAUGUUUCUGAAGGUUGCUUCAAUCUGACAGGCCUGCUUUGCGGACCAGUAAGAGCUAGGGAAAAUAUCCGGAGAAGGUCCACGUUUACGUCAGGGCUGGGAGCACCACAGGGAGCUGGGGAGCAGGGAAGCGAAGGGAGAGGCUCGCUAAAUUUCCUGGCUUCCUUCAUUGAGGUGCUUGGCCUGCUGAACCGGGCCAGUGAGAUCAGAGAGGCAAGAGGCUGUGGUUUUUACAGUACACUUCCUCCCUGAGGAAUGGCACCAGUCAGCUGGCACAGGUGAGUUACCCCCUGCACAAUCAAACUCCUGUUGACUCCUCUACUCCACCAGAGACUCUGUGUACCCCAGAGGUGAAAAGGGACAUGGGAGCCCUUGUGCAGGAUUCCCUAAAGGUUAACUUGGAGGUUGAGUCGGUGGUGAGGAAGACGAAUGCAAAAUCGGGCUCCACGGUAAUAGGCAGCUGCCGAUCCCAGGGGAUGAUUAUGAACACAGUUUGUAUGGGGAGAAGUGACCCACGUUUGACUCAGUGGACUGAUCAGUAUAGUAGGCAGCCGUCGAUCCCAGGGGAUGACGGGUUUGCACAUCUGGUGGACUGUGUCCUCUCCAGGGUGCAUCCUGGGCGGGAAGAUUUGAAGAACCGGCUGUUGCCCAUGCAGUGGGUUCCCCCUCUCCACGUCACUGAUGCAAGGGAAGGGCAAGCACCGAUACAGCUUGGCACCAGUGUCAUCCCAGAGGUUGCCAGAGUGAAGUUGUGGAGUGGUUAGUGCAACGCUAUUAGAGCUGAGGGCAUCAGAGUCUGGAGUUCAAUCCCAGUGUCCUGUGUCUGGUCUCUGGACAUCCCCUAUGGAAUGUGUGGGUUUCCUCUGGGUCCUUCCUGUAGUCUAAAGACACACCGGGUAGGUUAAUUGGUCAUUGUAAAUUGUCCCGUGAUUAGUUUAGGGUUAAAUAGAGGUUGACCAAGCAGAAUUCAAAACGGGGACCCAAGGAAGUCACAGACUGUGGUGUUAGACCUCCACAGCAUGUGGGAAGCCUCCAGACCUCUGGGUUUCUCAACACAGUCACAUGUACAUGUCACUUACCCCCGUGAACACCAAGAUCUGAUCCCAGAGUGCAGUCACUGAAAUGGACUCAUUAAUCUGGUGCCAUCCUCUGCACAUUAGAAAUGAAAGCAGCUAAGUGUAAUGCAGGUUUCCUUUCAAAAGGAAUUCUGUUUAACAUGGUGGAUUCGACAGUCCUAAUUACUCUGACGCAGAGCAGGAAACUGCUGGUAGGAGUCAUUUGCUUAAUGGAACUGUGACCUGUACAACUGGAAAGGGGUCACAGAUGUAAAUAGCCAUCAUUAGAGCGGUUGUGUGUAAUAUCCAUAUUGAAACUUGUAUUUUUCUUGUUCUCACCUCUAAUAAAGAUGUUCUAUGAUUUA